ACUGAUUCGUCGACGUCACCCAUGCAUGGCCGACAUAUUAAUUCUUCCGACAUUUUGACAUUUUGUCUCCCGGUUAACAAUUUCUUAUUGGAAUAUUUAUAAGGAUUAAACCUUUUGAUUCGUUUCACCAUGGAUGAAGAAUAUGACGCUAUUGUAUUGGGCACCGGACUCAAGGAAUGCAUCCUCAGCGGGAUGUUAUCUGUUUCUGGAAAGAAGGUUUUGCACAUUGAUCGUAACAAGUACUACGGCGGAGAAUCUGCGUCAAUUACCCCGUUAGAAGAAUUGUUCGCAAAGUUCAAUGCACCGGCACCGGAUGAAACAUACGGUCGAGGCCGCGACUGGAAUGUGGACUUGAUUCCGAAAUUUUUGAUGGCCAAUGGCCUUCUUGUAAAGCUGCUCAUACAUACGGGCGUCACCCGGUAUUUGGAAUUCAAAUCGGUGGAAGGCAGCUAUGUCUACAAGGGUGGAAAAAUAUCUAAAGUGCCGGUCGAUCAAAAGGAGGCGCUUGCAUCUGAUCUCAUGGGUAUGUUUGAAAAAAGACGGUUUCGUAAUUUUCUGAUUUAUGUUCAAGACUUCCAAGAGGAAGAUAGCAAAACAUGGAAAGAUUUCGAUCCCAGCACAGCCAAUAUGCAAUCAUUGUAUGAUAAGUUUGGUCUUGAUAAAAAUACUCAAGACUUUACUGGUCAUGCUUUAGCACUUUAUCUUGAUGACAAUUACCUCCAGCAACCUGCUAUUCAAACCAUUCGACGCAUUAAGUUGUACUCGGAUUCCUUGGCAAGAUAUGGGAAAUCUCCAUACUUGUAUCCCAUGUAUGGAUUGGGUGAGCUCCCACAAGGCUUUGCUCGUCUUUCUGCUAUCUAUGGUGGUACAUACAUGUUGGAUAAACCCAUUGAUGAGAUUGUCCUGGGAGAAGGUGGUAAGGUUAUUGGAGUACGCUCUGGAAAUGAGAUAGCUAAGUGCAAGCAAGUGUAUUGUGACCCGAGCUAUGUCCCUGACAGAGUCCGCAAGAAGGCACAGGUGAUUCGCUGCAUUUGUCUAUUGGAUCAUCCUAUUGCUAAUACAAAGGAUGCACUAUCUACUCAGAUUAUCAUUCCUCAGAAGCAAGUUGGAAGGCAUUCCGAUAUUUAUGUGUCACUGGUCUCCUAUACACACCAGGUAGCUGCAAAGGGAUGGUUCAUUGCUAUGGUGUCCACUACAGUUGAAACUAAGGAUCCUGAAUCUGAGAUUAAGCCUGGCCUAGAUGUGUUGGGACCCAUAAGGCAGAAAUUUGUGUCAGUGACAGACUAUUAUGAGCCUACUGAUGAUGGAAGCCAAAGCUCCAUCUUUAUAUCUGAGUCCUAUGAUGCAACAACUCACUUUGAGACAACAUGUUUAGAUGUACUAAAGAUUUACAAACGUGGUACAGAUGAAGACUUUGACUUUUCCAAAGUUAAAGUUGAAUUAGGAGAGGAAGAGCAGUAAAAUAAGUUAUAUCUAUGUAAAUUGCUUGUUAAUUUUAAUCUGUUUACUGAACUGUUUGGCAACAAUUAUAAAAAUAUUCAUUAGGGAGUUUUGGGUACUGAUUUAUAAGAGCUUAGGUGUAUUGGCAGUAGACAAUUGUAUAUGUGCAACUAUUCUCAUUCAAAUGGUACCAGCAAAUAUAUUAUUUUAUUAUUACCAAAAAUAUUGCAAAACGUUAAGAUUGUUAUUUAAAGGAUUUUAUUGAACUAUUAAGAUGCUUUUAUUAUUUUUUAAGUUUAAGAAGCUACUAUGAUGAUCUGCACAAGUGUAGAUUUAAUUGUAUCGAAUGAUAUGCAUUCCAUUUUGGUACAUUAUUUGAUCCUGUAACCAUAUCAUAUUUGUAAUAUGUCAAUAUGAAUGCUCAUUAUACAUGUAUAUGUUUUGUGUAAGAUCAUGAAUAAAGAUACAUAAUGAACA